AUGCGCACGAUCGCGCUGCUGUUUGCCCCGACGCUGCUCGUCCCGCCGCCGCCGAGCGUCGGCGUCGGUCAGGCAGUCUCGACGCCCCGCGCGCGCCUCAGAUGCGCUGCCGCCGACGAUGUGGACCCUCGCUUUUGCUUGCCCGGCGCGAAUCGCGACAUCGCCGCCGAGGCCAGCGCGGCCGCGUCACUGUUUCGCCCAUCCUCGGUCCCGCUCUUCCAGGCCGUGGGCGAGGCGGACGCUCCCCUGCGUGCGCUCGCGAUGGUGAUGCUCGCCGCGAACGGCUCCUUUCAUCAGCUCGUUGCGGAGAUCGUCUCAAACGUGACCAGCGGUUCGAGGCGCGGCACGACGUGGCUCAAGCCGCUCGCGGUGCGCACGUGUGCGAAUGCGUCAGCAGCUGCGGCGGCACACAAGUUCGACCCGCUGCUCGGCUGGACGCUUCUUGACGGCGACGGCAGCGACGCCGGCCCGCCCAGCGAGGUGCACGUCCUCUCCCCGCUCGCGCCCGCGGCAUUCGUCCCGACGCCUCUCCUCGAGGAGGUGCCGCCGGCCCUUGCGUGGGUCGUGCGCAGCCUUUCGGAGGCUCACGCGGCGGCGGCGGCAGAGGAGAUGCUCGAGGAGGGCUUAUCCUUCGGCGCGCCUCCCGCCGACUCGGCCUGUGUGCACGCCUUCAUGGCUGUCGUCGCGCACAAGCUUGGCCAUGUAACGUGA